AUGAACAAAGAAAUCACUAGAAAGGUGCUCCAAGGACCAGCUCGCCCUCAUUCUGCCCAAGCAGCUGAAGUAGAGGCAGUUAAAGCUGUCCUAGCUUAUGAAUCUCGGGACACUUCUGUUGCUAUUUAUACUGACUCUAACUGGACAGCCAGAGCCAUCACUGUGUGGCUCCCACUUUGGUUAGAUAGAGAAAUGGUAACUGCAGAUGGGCGUCCCAUUUCUCAUUCAGUCAAAUGGAGACAAAUUGCUAACCUGAUCAAAGAAAGAACUGGGGACACCUGGGUGACACACACAAAGGGGCACCAGAAAAAUCACUCAGAAGAAGCACAUUGGAACAAUAAAGCUGAUGCCUUAGCCAAGGCUGCUGCUACUAGUAACCACACUGAAAAUCAGGUUGAAAUCCUGAAUGGAAAAGGUAGAAAACAUUGGAAGAAAUGGUUUCAUUCUUCACAGCUCAAAGAAUGGAAGGGUAAACCACCUGACUGUCAAGGAAUAGGGUAA